UUGUUGCUGUUGUUCUUUGCGAGACAGCUGAUUAAAUUAAACAAUAAGUUGAACAGCAAUACAUAAUGUUCAAAUACUUCAAGUAUUCAGUUAAAACAACUCCUAUGAUAUCACGGAAUUGCAGUAAUAAAAAUUCCAGCAAUGAUGGCUUAAAUUAUUGCGCUAAUAUAGUUAGAUAGACAGCACGACUACGAAAAUUUCUUAGCAACCCUUCUUAUGACGAAAGCUAUUCGUUCUCCAACUCUAGUUGUGAGGGCAUUCAAUGUAGAAGUAGCAAGAGUGCAAGAUCAAACUAGUGAUUUGCAAACGGCUGCUUUUAGAGUACAAUUUUGGCUUGAUACCCUUAAUUAUAUAUAUAAGAAGGAUCAAUCUAUAAGCAAAAUUCCUGCUAACCCUAUUGCGAGGGAACUGUUUAAGGUAACAUAAUUUUAUUUAUUGUACUUACAUAAUUGUAUACAAUAAUAAUCACAAAUUUUUUUCUCUUAAGAUACUUCUAGGAAUUUAGGACUUUUAUCAAUAAGGUUCACAGAAACAAAAAUAGAAACAGAAACUUUUCUAUUCAACAUAGAUUAUAAAUAAUUCUUAUAAAAUUUAUUAUUAUUGUCACACUUUUGUUUAAUUAUCACUGAUUCGGAAAAAGCCUCUACCCUGGGUUAGAACCAGCAAGAAACCCAGUAGGACUAUAAAAUAAAUAACAGCUUACCAUCAUGUAUGUUGCACAAUUGACAACACAAAACAAAUUAGAAAUAGCUUGUCAGCGAUCACCUCAUUCCCAGAGUUUAUACAUCAUUACAGCCCCUCACAAGUCAACUGCUGAACAUAGGCCUCCCCCAAGGAAUGCCACAAAGCACGGUCCUGAGCCACCUGCAUCCAUCGACUUCCUGCAUGUCUCACCAGGUCGUCACUUCAUCUAGUGGGGGGUCGUCCUACACUUCGCCUACCGGUACAAGGCUGCCACUCAAGAACCUUUCUUCCCCAUCGGUUGUCGGUUCUUCGAGCUAUAUGGCCGGCCCACCGCCACUUCAGCUUACUAAUCCGUUGGGCUAUGUCGGUUACUCUGGUUCUACUGCGGAUAUCUUCAUUUCUAAGUUUAUCACACAGAGAAACCCCAAGCAUAGCCCUCUCCAUAGCUUGCUGAGUGACUUUGAGCUUCCUCAUACAGCCAGCAGUGAAGGACCACGGCUCAGAUCCGUAAGUCAUCACUGGCAACACGCACUGGUUGUACAAUUUUGUUUUCAGGUUUUGAGGUAUGUCUAACGAGAAAAUGUGUCGUAGUUUCCCAAACGCUGACCAGCCGAGUUGAAUCCGUCGAUUGACCUCUCGGUCAAAGUUGGACUUACCUAGUAGGACUAUUUGUCCCAGGUAAACAUACUCGUCAACAACUUCGAGCUUAGUGCUCCCAACAACUACCGGCAUAGGUGUGACAUGAACGUUAAACAUGAUUUUUGUUUUGUCCGUGUUCAUCUUAAGACCUAACCUUUGGGAGAAACUAUUGAGGUCAUUAAGCAUAGUGCUUAGAUCCUCCAGCGAUUCUGCCAUAAGGGCUAUAUCGUCGGCAAAUCGAAGGUGAGUGAUGUACUGUACAUCAAUGGCGGAUGUUAAUACCGUAUCCUUUCCAGUCCAGUAGCUUGAAAACGUCUUCCCAUGCAGUGGUUAUAGUGGAUAUAACGUCACCCUGUCUUACACCUCUCUGCAGUUGGAUAAGUUUCGUACUCUGAUUCUGUACUCGGAUAGCCAUCGUAGCUCUACUGUACAAACACUUCAGCACUGCGAUAUACCGACAGUCAACUUAACACCCCUGAAGGGACUGCAGCACCGCCCAAAUUUCGAUGGAAUCAAAGGCUUUCUCAUAGUCCACAUACGCAAGGCAAAGUGGCAGAUUAUACUCCUCUGUCUUCUGUACAAUCUGCCGGAGGGUAUGUAUGUGGUCCAUGGUACUAAAUCGUUUUCGGAAAACAGCUUGUUGGGGAGGCUGGAAGUUGUCAAGUCUGCGUGCGAGAUGAUUAGUAAUGACUCUCGAAAACAACACGUAGACGUGGCUCAGAAGGGAAAUCGGUCUGUAGUUCUUCAAGAGAGCGUUGUCGCCUAUCUUGAAGAACAAGACCACCGCAAUUCUGCUCCACGCCUCCGGAGUAGUGCCACCAUGGAGGACGGAAUUAAAGAGCUUCUGAAGAACUUCAAGUACCGGUUUUCCACCCGCUUUCAAAAGCUCCGUUGUAAUUCCAUCCUCGCUCGGGGACUUGCCGUUUUUAAGGUGCUGGAGAGCCAUUCUAAUCUCGCUCAGACUGACUUCCGGGAUACCUUCGGAAUAGUGUCGGAUAAGACUCGCUCUUGGAUCGUUACUCACACUUGCGUGUGCUCCAACGAUGACGUGUAUAGCUGCCCGUAGAACCUCUCACGCAAACCUCUUACGCCACCCUCGUCGACACACUCUCAAUCUUUACAACGUUGUUAACGAGAGACUUGUGGACGAUAAAUCUGACACCACCUUGGGACAGAUGGUCGCCCUCCCGGUGAUAGAGCAAGUUGCCGAAUUCGAGGAUUACCGUGUCCUCCCCCUCUCUUCGGACCUCGGAUCUAUCUCUUCUUCCAGCUCCACGAUCUCGUCAGUGCUCAGGGUGCGUGCGUUGUAUGUUGCCAGGUCAAGUCGUUUUAGGUGGCAACCGAACCUCCACCGGAGAUUCUUAGCACCCCCUGCCCCGCCGUUACCAUGGUCGCCACCGUAGCCUGGAAUAGCGGGGCCGCCGGGGACUGGGGGCCGUCUCUUUGUUGCUCUAAUCAUUGGCGGGUAUUUGCCAUAGUUGCCACGCUUGGCGAGCGGGUUGGCAACCGCAGUUUUUUUUAUUGUACUUUUGCUGUUAUCAGGAAGAUGCUGCUGCCCAUCUCCUGCCUGUUUCCCUUUGUCGCCUUUUACGACACCCACGGGACGAUAUGGGGUAGUGGAUAUUCUUAACCGCCACUACAUGGUAUUGUUAUCAUCUAUAAAUUCCUUAAUAUUAUAAUAACUCUUUUUAUACAAACUUUGUUUCAUAAAGUUUUGGAACUUUGAGGAAGUCAAAUUUCAUAUAUUUGUUGGGACUUUGCUAUAAAAACAUAUUACACAUCGCCCCAAGAAUGAAUUACUGACUCUGUGGAGUUGUCUCUGUUCCUAGUAUUUACAGAAUGAAUAUCACUUAUUUUUGUAAAACUACUUUUGUCUUUGUGUACCUGCAUUACACCUUGGAUAAGUCACAGACUAUACCCAAAGCAUUUCUGUGAUUUCUCUCAUGCAUUUAAGAUAUAUAUAAUCAGCUGAACACCAACAUCAGUUGUCUAGUGACCCCUUCUGAAAUCGAAUUAAUUUUCAUGAAGUAAAUUAUUUACAUUAAAAAAAUGUGACAUUGGAUCAAAAAUAAUUUUUUCAAUAAUUUUACUAAAUUUUGGCAGUACAUAAAUAAGUUUAAAAAUGGUAGGGUCUAAUGUACUACCAGAUUGACCGCUCCGUGGCGCAGUGACUUAACAAUGAAUUGCUGCGCUGGGGGCCGCGGGUUUGAAUCCCGCACGGAACAAGUAUUUGUAUGGCCUACAAGUAAUUGUUCCGGUCUGGAUGUUUGUCCUCGUGCAAUUUGUAUUUGUAAACUGCCUCCACGAUACAGGAGAAAAUCCUAGAGUGGGGGUAACGUUUUUU